UCAAACGAUCUAUUAGAAAGUACUGCGACAACUCACCUAAUAGUACCAUAUUAAAGAAAGAGUGCACCAUCUUAGAAAAUAACCGAUUUAAAUGAUUCUAACCGCAUUUAUAUCAAAAACGCAAAAGUAUCGAUUAUAAAUCAGAUAUCUUGCGUGCAUUUAAUUUCACCGGUUGAAGAAAGUAAUUCAAAAUGUCUGGACUGAUGCAUAUGGUCGUAUCGAAUUAUAAUGAACUACUAGAUGCUAAAAAAGAUCCUUUGGUGGACUCCUGGUUGUUUAUGAAAUCUCCCCUGCCAGUACUGUCGUUCCUAGUAAUAUACCUCGUUUUUGUAUUGAAAAUAGGUCCAGAUUAUAUGAGAAACAGAAAACCAUUCGAAUUGAAAGGUUUGAUGAUUGCUUACAACGCCUAUCAAGUAGUGUUUAGUGUGUGGCUUUGUUGUCAAGCUUUCUAUGUUAAAAAUGCGGUGCCAUAUCUACUGAAUCAUACCUGCAGAAACCCUGCACCUAACAAGGAAUUCCAAGAAGCACUGUCAAGAGGAGCUUGGUGGUAUUUUUUCUCCAAAAUAACAGAGCUGCUUGACACUGUAUUUUUUGUGUUGAGGAAGAAGCAGUCACAAGUUACAUUCUUACACGUUUAUCACCACUCAAUAACCAUGGUUGGAUCUUGGGGCUAUUUGAAAUUUCUGCCAGGUGAACAAGGAGUUGUAAUUGGUUUUCUGAAUUCCUUGGUGCACAUUGUUAUGUACUCCUAUUACUUGAUAGCAGCGUUAGGCCCUAGAUUCCAGAAAUAUCUUUGGUGGAAGAAAUAUAUGACCUGGAUACAAUUAAGUCAAUUCUGCAUCAUGCUGGCCUACCUAGUGUUCAUCAUCGUUAUGGACUGCAAGUUACCAAAAGGAUUAACCUUAUUCUUCUUCACAAAUGUGGUCAUCUUCCUUUACCUAUUCAGCGACUUCUACAUCAAGGCUUACAAGAGGCCGAGAAAACUUUUGAAAACAGUUGUUCCUACAGUAGAAGAACAUAAGGAAAACAAUAUAACUCAAGAAAAGAAAAAGUUAUGAGUUUGUGGUUCAUAAGUGUCGAGAAACUCUCGAGUGUACUACUGAGUGUUAUUCAGAAAUAAAGACUGGUGUAGCCCAUUGACCUGAUUAUGACAGGUUUCUAUAGGAACAGAACCAUUAACGUGUAAAUUAGCAAUAUUGUAUUCCUGCAUUUAUACUGUGAAGAAUGUAUGAAGUGUCUCAUUACCUACUAGACUGGAAAUACAGAUUUCUUAGAUGAACUAGGCAGAGGAAUGUCUUAUUCAAUAUUUGAAUGAGAUUGAAAUAUUUACAAUUACUUUCAUGUUUCUAAGUGAAAAGUAUGCUCUUCCUACACAUGCCAAAUAUCCUUGUUCAGCAUGAAGUUUUAUCUGUUUUUCUCUAGUUAUUCGUAAUUUAUUUAUUUAAACAGCCAAUUGUCACCAGUAUCCUCCUUAUUUUUCGCUUUUGGACCAUGUGUUUAAUUUGGAGAGUCUGGGUAAACGCAAAAUGAAUAAAAAUGUUGUGAGUAUUUUUUGUUCAAUCUUAAAAUUGAAGCAUAAUUUUGGUAUUAUACAUUUUGAAAUUACAUAUGAUAUUACAAAAAUUACUGCAAAAUAAACAACAAUUUAAAUA